GGUAACAUUUUUUAGUGGUUUGUGUUCGAAAAGUUUGUAAUAUCAGUGACGUAUUCGAAAAUCGACGGAUAUUUACAGUUAAAUAAUAUAUAUUUUGCUCUAAUCAAAUUUAUAUCAACAAUAUUACUGAAUAAUAUUAAAUAUAACUUAUUUGAAAUAGUUAUUAAUUGUAACUUGAAAUUAUCAGUUUAGUCAUUUUAAAAGUAAGCAAACUGACGAAAUGGCUGGUCCUUACCUUUCUCCAUUGCCCGGAGAUCUGCUUACCGAAUACAUGUUUGGGAGACGCCGACAGCGACGGAAUCGAACCACCUUCACACCCCAGCAGCUCAGUGAAUUAGAGUCAUUGUUCCAGAAAACACACUACCCUGAUGUGUUCUUAAGAGAAGAGGUAGCCUUGAGAAUUAGCCUAUCUGAAGCUAGAGUACAGGUCUGGUUCCAAAACCGACGAGCCAAAUGGCGCAAGCAAGCUCGUCUUCAGUUACUUCAGGACGCGUGGCGCAUGAGAUGUCUGGGUCUUGGUUCUCCACCUCUAUCCUUGCAAGGUCAUGCUAAACCUCCAGAUUCUUCGCCAGAAGCUCCAGAAUCACCAUCAGAAAAGGAAUCCCCUGAACCGCAGACACUAGAAUCUAGAGAACAUAAAUCACCGGGACAGGAUACGUAUCUUCACAACACUUUGUCAGAUCAACUUAAUCCGAUGCCCAACCCACCACACGAUAUCUCCUCUCAAAUAUAUGGUAACGAAGAUGGAAGAAUGCUUCAACAACCUUUUGCAUUCCCACCAUUACUAAUGACGCCACAAAUCGACAAUUCUGAAAUAGUUCCCACAGAUUUAAGGGUGAUGACAAAAAACCAUUGUCCUUGUGCUACAUCUAUGGAAGAACCCCAGAAUUUGGCUUAUCGUCCAAGACGUGAUAAAGAAACAAGCGACAGUGACAGUGAUACAGAAAUAGACCUUACAUCACAUUCCUCGAAAGACGAUGAUCUAAGAGAAUCAGAAAGACUUGCAAAUAGAAUAGCUACGGGUAUAUUCCGAAGUAAUACUGUAUUACAUGAUUUGGUACCAAACGAUUUAAGCUUAGGCUCUUUAAAACAUGCGAAUGUUGAAAGAGACGUUAGUAGAAAUAAUGUAUCAAUAUAAUCAAAGUAUUGCACUUAAAUAAAAAUGAUCUAAUUCAACGUUUCAAAUAACAAGCUCGAUUUUGUAAUAUUUUGUCAAUACAAAAAAUAAUUAGAGCUUUUGAAAGUAUCAGACUACAAAUCUGACGAUAUUUAUUAUUAGUUAAUUGAACCACAUAACAAUAAACAAUUAGAUUGUUAAAAACACCAAAGAAAUAUAAGUUAGGAUUUAAUUUUUUACGAUCAUUAGCAUUUUCUUAAUAAUGAUCAAACAAAAUAAAUGGUUAAAAUACUCAUAGUGAUAAUACAAUAUUUGCAACGUAUUAGGUAUCAUAUAUUAAUUUAUUAGCUGAUGAUACUAAAAUAGUUAUUUCGGAAUCUUUCUCUCUAUCUAUUCAAAUGGCCAAUUGAUAACCAAGAUUACUGGAUUACAAACUAUAUGAUCUACUUAGUGGUAAGAAAGUAUCAUAAUCAGUAAUUAGGUAAGAACUGCAUUCCACUGCGUAAGAUAACCACGAACGCAUAAACAUAUACACAUUGUCAUUUCUUGUAAACUUGAAAAUUAGAGCACAGGAUACAAAUAAGUUGACAACAGACCGUCAGCUAAUAGCUAUAAGACGUUACAAAAAAAUGUAAUAUAAAUAUUACUUUCUUUAUGUACAUAUUUCUCUACUAAUAUUAUUACUGUAUGUAUAACUGAUAAAUCCGUAGAAUCUUUUGUUAAAAAUAUUGUGUAAUUUUGUAGUUAAACUGACUGACGUUAUUGAGUUUCCUGUAGGACCUGAUAACACUAGUAAGUGUUUAUGGUUUUGUCCGGACCGGUCGCUUUUACUGCCGCGUGAUACGCCAUAAUCCCCCUCUGAUUAACUGAACUGACCCCGUUAAAUUCAAACGGAGAUCGAAAUGACGAUAGCCUGAGCUAAGAUUCAAACCCCUAGCUGUGCCCUUAGAGUAAAGUCGUAUCCGACAGGCGGGAGUUGGCCUUAGCCGCAUCAUAAGUACUUCCGCGGAGUUGGAGUGCAGUCUACACUCGGCCCCUAUCGUCCGGUAGUCCGGUGAAAGUAAAGUCUGCUAUAAAGUCCAUCUGCGGCUAACAGCAUUAGAGUAGUAUAAAAAACCGCCGUAAUCAUAGCUAAUCUAUCUUGUUACCCUACAUUGUCUAUAUUAGUCUAGAGGCAAAUUGUUAACGGAUUUAGCACAACGCAAUAACUGUAGAUUAUGAUAAACUAGCUGUUACCUGCGAUUUUAUCCACAUUGAAUUAAAUUAUUUUUUAUGAUAAUAAUUAAAAUUUCUAAAAUUAAAGUAGCCUAAGAUUGUUCUUACAUUACCUAUCUACAAGUGAAAGUCACGUCAAAACUAGUUUACCUGUUUCAGAGGAUAGGAAAUAAACAGACAGAUACAGAUAGACAGACAUUUUUUAUGUAGUAUCGUAUAAACAAAUAUAUACAUUUAGUGAAAAGCUGGUAAUUUGAAAUUACAAACAUACUUCCAUAUUAUUUAUUUGUAUACAUUGUAAGUUGUAGAUAUUGUAAUUUGUCAGUGCUCAUAAGAAAGUAACAGCUUACCACCAACAUCCAUCCUAGGUAUGAAAAUGAGGAGAGGUAUGA